AGAACAGGAAGAAGGGCAAAACACAAGAAGGGGAAAAUGAACUUGGUAGGGAGACAGGGAAUAAUAGUAGUACGGGCAACAGUGGCCAGUUGAGCUAUUUGUGCCUUAAAUAAACUUUCCCUCUCUGUGGCAUUUCAAAAGCAGGCAAGGAACAUUGUCCCACUGAAAGGGAAAAUUUUAUUUAAUCAUAUCCUCCCACGUCAACCCUGAGAAGUCAUUUAUCUUAGAUAUGUUUCAUUCAUUCAUUUAUUCAUUCGAUUUCACUUUAAACAGUGCUAUUCAUCAUGUGGUUCGGAAACCAGUGUCCAAGUGAAAGAGCUGGCACCAGCAAAUAUCCAGGUUCUAGAGGAGAUGUUUGUCCAAGACAGAAAGUUAUAUUAUUUUUCAGUAGUAAUGAUAGCUAACAUUUACAUGGCACCAAUCUCCACUGAAAGUGCUUGAAUGGUAUUAACUCAUUUAACCUCCCAACAAACCUAUGAGAGACACGUUGUCGACCCUGAUCUACAACGCCAGACCCAGAGAUUUCGAUUCACUGAAUGCUGAAUUACUAUUGAAUAUUCAAAACACCUGAAGGCCAGACUUCAAUCAUUCCAUUCAGGAGCUCCUAGGGGGGCAGUUAGAGGCUGAAGGAUAAAAUGUGAACUCACCCUAUGUCUGAGGCUGGGGAAAGCCCAUAGCGACUCAUCGCCACAAUCCGGAUCUGUCUGAUGCUACUGCCAAGCAUAAACAGGGCGGCUGAGCACGCAGGGUGAAGUCACCUCACCGCAUAUACAGCUAAGACAUUCAGACAGUGACCAUGAUGGCUACUAGAGAAGAUAGUUUUCCGACUCUGCUGCUCUUGGCUCCUUGACAAAAGCAGAGAAGAAGUCAUAAUCCCUGAUCCGAGAUCUGUGAACAGCCUCUUCAAACUGCAGGGGUCACAAAGCCUUUAGAGAAUGUCCUCCCUGUCCUGUUUGGUUUGGUUGUUAAGCCCUAAUCCCUGUGGUCCACUAUGCAAAUGAAAACUCCCUGAAUCAGUCUGCGGGUGACUCACCAACCCCUUUUAAGCCACGUUGGGUCCAAGGCAGUGUCUUCUUGGGGUAGAAGCCAUGGCUCACAGACUCUGCUUCUCCUACUGGCUACUGGUCUGCUGGUUGGUGGUAACUGUGGCAGAAGGACAGGAAGAGGUAUUCACCCCUCCUGGAGACUCACAAAAUAAUGCAGAGCCUACAGACUGCCAGAUCUUUACACUUACCCCUCCUCCCACCACAAGGAACCCAGUGACGAGGAUCCAGCCCAUCACCAGGACACCCAGAUGUCCCUUCCAUUUUUUCCCACCACAAAGGCCCAGAGUCCACAUUAGGCUCCCAUACAGACCUUUCCUCCCUCCGAUGUGCUACCACCAUUUUCAGUUCCAUCCAUUUUUUCGGCCGCACAGUCGCCUUCCUCCUUAUUAUUAUUUCCCCAGAAGAAGACUCUGGAGAGGAAGCUCCUCUGAGGAAAGCAGAGAAAAGAGAGAAGCCCCAAACGUGCUGAAGUAAAAGAAGCCAAGGCCUCAGGAAAGACUAGAAAAAGAUUUCUGUUUUCAGUGACUACACUAAAACUAUUGGACUGGAAAAUUAAGCAUCUUAAACUCCACCGACUAGAAAUUGUUCUCCUUGUCAGCAGUGAACAUAUUGGUUUAUAGGUUAUUCAUGUUUGCAAAAUACAAGCAAUAACUACAUUAUUCUUACCUCUUAGUUUUUAUGAUCACAGGAUACUUACGCAAGAAAAGUUCUAAAAUAGGUUGUUCCAAUAAUACCUAUCAUACUGCAAUACCAGAAGAAUCAGCUCCAUCUUCUAAAUUACAGUGAAGAGCAUUUAAAUAAGUUGAGAUUGUUAUAAACCAAAUGGAGACAUUAAUGACCCCUUUUAUACUCACUGGAAAACUUACAAAGCAAGGCGCAUUUACAAAGUGAACUUUAAAAGAAAUUAUAAAAAACUGAGGGGUUUCCCUGGUGGCGCAGUGGUUGAG